GGGCCAUGAAUGGACGGAGGGGCGGACGGCGUCGAGUGAGAUAGCCUGAGCCGUGGCUCGAGGGGUGGCGGCCGUUCCGAUCCGUGGAUCAGGUCCGGUGGUUUCCGCUAGCCUCCGGCAGCGCGCGCAGUUAAUGCAGAGGGUCGGCUGGUGGGCUGGUAGGUGUGGUGAAGUUGGAUUUGUCUUCCACCCCAGGCAAGAGAAAGGGUGGAGUGGUUGACUGCGGCGACCAAUAUUGCUUGUCCGGCAACCUCGCACGCGCUCCGGUGACCAUGGAGUUCUUGCUGCAGCCGAUAAACAGAACUCUGCUUGAGGAGGUGAAUGAUAAUAACAGCGCCAUAGAGCCUGUGCGGUUCCCAGUCGCCGCGGCGGUGGAGGUUGAGCCUCCAGCACCGGCCGCUUCAAGUGCUGACGCCCAGAUCUGUCUGCCGGAGACAGAAGCUGCGGACAUGCCACAGUGCUCCGAGCACUCAAUAGAGCAAAUGGACCCUAAAGCACCAGGCUGGACCCAAAGCAGAGUGCGUGUAGGUGCCGCCGCUGAAGGCAGGGCCCCUUGCUCGGAUAGGGUCACAGCACUAGAGAAGACUGUGAGAGAGUUUGCAGAGACUCCAGGGGACAUAGUGAUCGUCCCAAAGAUUGGGACAAGUUUCGACAGUCUAGGUGAAGCUUACGACUUUUACAACCUGUACUCAUGGGAAAAAGGAUUCGGGAUUAGAUAUGGGAAAAGCAGGUUAAAUGUGAACCGGACAAAGUGCAUGCAAGAGAUCGUAUGUGGAUGCGCGGGGAAGCCGAUUGUUGAAAAUACUCGUUCUUGUCGAUGUGAAUGCCCAGCCCUCAUGAGAUUACUCCGAUCCAAGGACAACAGGUGGUACAUAGCUGAGCAUCGAGAUGUGCACAACCAUGCUUUGACACAAACCUACGGCCAAACAAUACACUGGCCGUCACACAAGCAUAUUGAUGUCUACAGCAGAGACCUGGUCAAGCAGUUGCGACAAAACAAUGUCAGCCUCGCAAAGGUGUAUAGCAUCAUUGGUAGCUUCUUUGGGAGGAUGGAGAAUGUACCAUUCACGAAAAGAGCAUUGAGAAAUUUAUGUGGCAAGAUUAGCCGUGAGCAGUCCGAAGAUGAUGUCAGGAAAACAAUGGAAGUGUUCCAGGAGCUGUGUUCAAAGGAUCCACAAUUCACAUACCGGGUUCAAGCUGAUAGUGAGGGCAAAAUAAGCAACUUGAUGUGGGCUACUGGCAACAGCAGGCUGCAGUACAACUUCUUUGGAGAUGUAGUUACAUUUGACACAACUUAUCGGACCAACUUGUACGACAUGCCGUUUGGCUUGUUCGUUGGGGUUAACAGCCAUUUUCAGAGCAUCAUACUUGCGGGGGUGCUAGUUAAACACGAGACAGUGGAGACAUUUGAGUGGGUAUUCUCGGAGUUUGUUAGGAUAAUGGGUGGCAGGGCGCCGCAAACAAUCCUGACUGAUCAAAACAGGGCGAUGGAGGUCGCAAUUAGUAAUAUGUUGCCUGACACGGCUCACCGCUGGUGCAAGUGGCAUGUGCUUAAGAAGGCAAAGGAAUCGCUCGGCCCAUUAUACUAAAAAAAAGUGAUUUCCGACCGGAGUUUCACAAGGUUGUCAAUCACAUGUUAACGAUAGAUGAGUUUGAAGAAGGUUGGAAGUACCUCAUAGAGAAAUACAACUUGAAAAAUCACGAUUACAUGACCAACUUGUACGAGAUACGUCACAAAUGGGCAAAGCCAUUUUUCAAGGGUGUAUUCUGUGCAAAGAUGACUAGUACCCAACGGAGUGAAAGCGCAAACCACAUGUUGAAGAACUACGUGCCUCCUGGAUGCCCAAUGCAUAUGUUUGUUAGGAAGUAUAUGAGUUUAAUCUUUGACAGGGAGUCCGAGGAAAAUUACGAGGAGAAGCGGACUGCAAUCGUAAGAAGGGAGGCCGCUUAUGCGAGCUAAUAUGGCAACCGAAAGGCAUGCUGGGCAGAUAUACACCAGAGCCAUGUUUGAACAAUUCGGUCAUAUACUGUACGAGUGUGGCGCAUAUCAAGUGGAAGAGAUCGAAAAGGGUAAAG